AUAACAAAGGGGGACAGAUCAGUCCGGCUCUCCUUUAUCUCUUUUCACCUAUUGCUCUCCUCAUCUCUGUCCAUCUCUUUGCUUCAUCUUCAACCCUCCCACCCUGCUCUCCAUCUCCUCUUUCUCCAUCGUCAUUUUCUCAUUCCCCCUUUCUUUUGUUCUCCCCUCAGUUUUGUCCUCCUUUUCUUCCCCUCCCCUCAGUCUGUCUCCGUCUUCCCCCGUGCAACAGUGUGCAGCCCCUCGUCCCCCACCAGACAGACAGAGACAGAGCGGCUGAGAUGAACAGGAGAGAAGGAGGGGAGCAGGCAGUGAGGAACAAAUACAUAAAGAGCCGCGAAGGAACUGGAGGAAUGACAGUCUGGUUUCGGGGUGAAGAGGGGUUUACUCUGAGAGGGAGGGUCUUUUAGGAGUAAGAGACCAGAGGCAUGAGAGGAAGGCAGCUCCAGUGACAGCGCAGACAAAGGUAGCUUCAGAGUGCGUGUCUGCCGCUCAUUUCAUUCACACACACAUGCACUCUUUCUCUUUUUCACUCACACACCCUCGAGCAAAAGCAGCCGAGCUGUGUGGGUGUGAAGCGGCAUGAGAAGUGAUAUCUGUACUUCCACACAUACAGCCGACUGACGGACUCACUUACUCACAGAUGACACACACCUGCUGGGUGCGCACUCACUAACACACCUUAAUUACAUCGUACACACACGCUCACACACACCCCUACUACACUAAGUAGUCAACAUGGGUCUGGUGAUGGGAACCUUCUCCCUGCAGUCCAAGCCGGUGACCUAUCACAAAGACAAAGCCGACGAUGACUUGGAGAUGACCAUUGUGUGCCAUCGGCCGGAGGGCCUCGACCAGCUUGAAGCUCAAACCAAUUUCAGUAAAAGAGAGCUCCAAGUUCUCUAUCGGGGCUUCAAGAAUGAAUGCCCCAGUGGAGUUGUUAACGAGGAAACCUUCAAGCAAAUCUACUCACAGUUUUUUCCACAUGGGGGUGAGGACUGGGCGUCACCUUUGCUUCUGUGUCGACUCAUUUCGGUUUACUCACUGCCCCUUUUAUCUGUUGCUCCAGAUGCCAGCACUUACGCUCACUACCUGUUCAAUGCUUUUGACACCGGACACACAGGAUCAAUAAAGUUUGAGGACUUUGUUACAGCUUUAUCCAUUCUCCUAAGAGGUUCUGUCACAGAGAAACUCCAGUGGACCUUUAAUCUCUACGACAUCAACAGAGAUGGAUACAUCAACAAGGAGGAGAUGACAGACAUUGUCAGAGCAAUAUAUGACAUGAUGGGGAAAUACACAUACCCUGUCCUGAAAACUGAUGCACCCAAACAACAUGUGGAUGCCUUCUUCCAAAAAAUGGACAAAAAUCGAGACGGUGUCGUCACGCUUGAUGAAUUCAUCUUUUCUUGUCAAGAGGAUGAAAACAUCAUGAGGUCUCUGCAGCUUUUUGAAAAUGUCAUCUAAAUGGCAAAUGCCAGGAGGGAGUGGAGCAACAGAUGAAAACACAGAGCAAGAGACGAGGGAAGAAAAAGGAUAAGGAGAAUGAAAGACGGACAAAAGUUUGCAGGAGCAAAAACAUUAAAACCUCAGAGAGAAGCAAAACAAGGAGCUUUAACUGCCACUUUGGGUUUAGAAAUGUAUCUCUGCUGAACAAACCUUCACUGGUUUUUGAAAUCCUCUUUCAGAUUCAUUUGGUCUUUCUCUGAGUGUCUACCUCGUCUCUGUCUCCUUCAUUUAUCACUGUUGUGGCUUACUUUCAGCUUGGACUGUAUUUGUUUUGGGGUUUUUUUUUGCCACAUUUGUGUAAAUAUGCAGCCAGUCUCUCCUUUGGGCUAGUCUGUCUCUUGUUUUGAACUAAAAUGCAGCUUACAGGUGAACUAUCCUAAGCAACGAUUUGUUUACAGCAUUAUUUCUUGUAACAGUGCAGCAAAAAUGAGCAAGUUUAUGAAGCAUGUAGGGCAGAUGCCCACAUUAUACUGUAUUUAGUGUGUAUUUGCAAAGUUGUGGGCAGAACGUUUUGUCUUAAUGCUUACAUUUGAGAGCACAUAACUUUGCAGCGCUGAACUAAGUGUCCGUUAAGAUAUCAUAAGUCAGUUCCUGAGCGUUGUAACAACUAAGCUGUGUUAUAGGUAUUUAAUUGUUGUUUUUGUGGCUUUUUCUUACUGUCUGAUGUCUGUCUGUGUUUCUUAUUCUGAUACCUGUCUGUCCUGUUGUCUGAGUGGCUAUAACUCUGUAAUUAUGCUGUCUGUCUUGAUAUCUGCUGAAUAAAGAGCACAUGGGUUGGCUUACAGGUAGAGAGCAACA